AUGUUCAACUACAAGAGGAAACUGGGGCGUUCUAAAAGAAAUAAUCGGCCGCGUAGUCCAAGGUUGCCAAAGAGAUAUAACAGCGUGGAUUACAUGGAUACUGUCUUUGGUCAAAUAAGAAAUUUGAGAAUUUUUUUGCUGUCUACAAUCCAUAGCCAAUCUAAAAAGUUCUUUUCGACGACACUUCAAACGAAAUCGGGCAUUAGCUCGGCUUUCGACGGGAAUGAUAUCGAGACGACAUCAGAUGCAUCUAGCUUCACUAAUCUGCAUUUAACAAGGUCAUCAGAAGAAGGAUAUUACAUCGCAGGAUCGAUAUAA